UAUCCUUGACGAUGUAACCAUUUAAAAACUCAAUAACACUCAAAAUUCAGCUGGAAUAACCAAAAUCCUCAACAAAAUGCAGUUAAUACACGACCAUUCCCCCAGCGUACACUUAAAAGACUUUAAAUUUAGUAAUAUUGGGAACAUGAACGCGAAUAUUCGGCCCCCUUCGUCUCACAACAUCGAGGUUAAGGAGAAGAUAUCAUCGGAUGCGGCCCUCUUUUUGAUGAACCCGGUGGCGAGCGGUGACAAUAUGCUGACUGGUGUAAACAACGGGCAGAAAAUAAAAGAUGAAUUACUGUCUCCACUACUUGUGCCGUGCUGCGAAGGCAAGGAGCUACAGAUCAACGAAGAAUUGGUGUGCAGCGGAUUAUCGGCAAUCUCCGUAAAACACGACAGUGUCGUCCAAUGUAUGAGCAUGUCCUAUGCUUGUGAGAAGAUGCAGGUUCCAUCCGGACUCGUUAAGCACCGAAAUUCAUUUCGUUCGCUGCACCGUCCUGACCUGAAGCGUGUGCCGUACCUUCGCCGCAUGACACCAGAUGAGCUCGAGACGCUGUUUCGCGGCUUCGCUGAUCUUCCGGUGCACUUUGACAAAAAUGAUAUUCAAAAAGUAGAAACUCGCCCCGCUGUGUUACCUUCUUCAUUGCCUGAUGAGAGAAUUGUACCAAGAAAUGUGGGAGAGAAAAAGACGGUUCAUUCAAAAGACAACAUCGAUGGCUUGCUCCAUCCAAUACCAGAAAAAAGGUCACGUACAGAGGAUGUGCCAGAUGGUAUGAUGCUGCAUGGCACUCGUGCCCGUCUUUAUACGUCCGUCCUGGCUGGAGCUAAAGCUGGUGAUCAGUUGGAUAACGCAACACCAAAUGAAGAGUACGACACGCGGGUACCAGACGAGAUCGUUCCAGAAGACGAGAUCCAGCUAAAUGAGGAACUACAAAUUAUUCUCCCUCCGCGCUGCGAUGACGACACUGCGGACUCUUCCAUUACCAGUUCAGAAACUAUAACCGCUUGAAAAUUUGCAUUACCAACUUUAUUUUUUAGAACAAUACUCUUUUGCGUAUCCCAGAUUCCAAAUCCAAGCAAAGACAAACUAUUUUACCAGUGCAAAACUAUUCUAGUCAAAUUAAAUUUAAAAUAUACCUACAAUUUAAAAAGUACAAGCCUACUCACUCUGUGAGUAAUGUAGCGCAUGAAGAUAUUCCUAAAGCGUAAAAAAUCGCGCCGAUGGGUGAAGAAGCUUAAACAAAAAUCAAGAAAAAGAAUUGGUAAGCUAAUGAUGUAUUUAUAUUGGAUGAUUAGCGAAUUCCUUGAUUGAAAUUUUAACAAACUUGUCGGCAUGAUAAAAUUAUUAGAACUAAAAAGCUAAAAUAGGGCUAGAAUGUAAUAGGAAGGUUAAUUAAUAAAGGCAGCUUUAA